CAUUGCGUCGUGUUCCAAUACAGUGAAGUUUUCAGAUUUUUUUCACAUUCAAAGAAAUAAUCAUCUCGAGUUGCUGUUUGUUUACAUUCCUUUCCGACGUGAAUGGCCCAUAAAAACUUGAUCUCAAUGGAACACACCCCAUUCAACAAAAUGUCACAUUGUGCGGUGUAGCUCGGUUGUGUAUUUAUGCUUUUUCAGUAAUUUUUUUAGCAAUUCUCGCUAUAAAAAUGGAUAGAAUUACAAGUUUAGAAAAUGAAAUUGCUAAUUUACGAAGAACUUUGCAAGAAAAGGAGAACGAACUGUACGAAUUAAGGAAGGAAUAUACAUUGCAACAAACGAAUACUGAAGCCUUCAACCUAAACCCGCAAACCAAUGCUAAUAAUGUUUUUAAGACAAACAUGGGUGACAAACUUACUAAAUUGGAUAUAGUGAGGUAUAGCAGACAGAUCCUACUACCAGAUAUUGGUGUAACGGGGCAAGAAAAGCUGUGCGCUGCUAAGGUUUUGGUCGUCGGUGCAGGAGGAUUAGGCUGCCCUGCUGCUAUGUACUUAGCUGGGGCUGGUGUAGGUCAGAUCGGCAUUGUAGACUACGAUAAGGUGGACCUCACAAACAUUCAUCGACAGAUUCUUCACACUGAGGCCGACCAAAACGACAGUAAGGCAGUGUCGGCUACUAAAAGCUUGAGAAGCAUCAACUCACACAUAAAGGUGCAGCCGUACAAUGUACAGUUGGAUUCGACGAACGCUCUGGAUAUCGCGUCGCGAUACGACGUCGUGCUUGACUGUACUGACAACGUGCCUACAAGAUAUUUGUUGAAUGACGCCUGUGCUAUUACCAAGCUGCCAUUGAUAUCAGGGAGUGCUCUCAAAAUGGAAGGACAAUUAACAAUAUAUGGAUACAGAGACCAAUCGUACAUAGGCCCGUGCUACCGCUGCGUGUUCCCUACUCCGCCGCCGCCCGAAACGGUUGGUAGUUGCUCCGCUAACGGAGUGGCAGGGCCUAUCCCUGGAGCCGUUGGAUGUCUACAAGCAUUGGAAGCCAUCAAAUUGAUAGUGGGGCAGACACACGAAAAGCUACUGGUUGAGAGAAUGCUGUUAUUCGAUGGAGAAGAUAUGACUUUUAGAACUGUGAAGUUGCGCGGUCGCAACGCAAAUUGCGCCGGAUGCUCCGAGCAACCUGCGGUGUCCCAGCUGAUAGAUUACGAGGCCUUCUGCAAAUCACAAGCUACUGAGAAGAAAAAGCAAAAAUCCGGAAUACGCAAACUAGAGAAAGAGAAACGCAUGAAUGGCCAAAGCUACUACGGAUUUCGAUCUGUGCGCGAAUCUGAUGAUAAAAGAAAAUAUUUUCAAGAUGUACUGAAAUCUGAGAGAAAAAUCGGGCCGCCGUGUUCUUCGGAGUUUUGCUUGAAAAAACCGAGAUGCUGUCGACAGUUGGACGAGGGAAAAAGAAAGGAGAUAUUUAAGUACUUCUGGAACGACCUAGACUGGAAAGAGAAGAAGAAUUUUGUUCGAUCCCUCGUUGAAACAGUACCUCCUAAACGAAGAAGGCCGAAACACAAAGGGGAGGUAUCAAGAAAAGUCGAUUCCAGAGUGUAUCACCUAAAAAUAAACAGCAAAAGAAAAGUAGUUUGCAGAACUAUGUUCUUAAACACAUUAGGAAUUAAAGAACCUACAGUUAGAUGCUGGUUAUCCAGCGACGAUAAGCCAAAAACUCGCAAAAAACCUGUAAAAUCAUUAAACGUAGAUUCGUACAUAGACAACUUGCCGCAGCGGCCUCCAAAGUGUCAAUACUGCAGGAAUUCCGGCACUGAUAUAAAAUAUAUAAAUAUAGACUGUAUAAAAAACAAACAUCAGUUGUAUAAUCAGUAUAUUAAAGACAUGAAAAGUCAAAAUAUAAAUCCGGCGUCAAGGAAAACGUUCUCAAAAGUUAUAGGAGUGAAGAAUAUUAAGUUUUUCAAACCAAAAAAUGAGAAUGAUGUUUGUGAUUUGGUUAGCGAACAUAAUGUAUUGCCUAGUAUUAAUAAUUAUCAAACUUUAGAACCUGAUAAAGUAAUAGAUCAAAAUGAUAUUAGUUAUUAUUAUAAUCAGUGUCUCUCUCGCUACCUCACCGAAGGAGAGGACUUACAACACACGCGCCCUCUACUAGUGGACGUUAGAAGCGCCGUCGAGUUCAACAUGUGUCGCAUAGAGGGCAAUGUCAACUGGCCCAGCGACUUACGAUGUCCUAUAGUAGCUAAAAAUGAUCUAGAUUUAAACAUUUUGCCGUCUUUUCGCCGUAUAUCUCCUCCGAGCCUCUCUCGCUACCUCACCGAAGGGGAGGACUUACAACACACGCGGCCUCUACUAGUGGACGUAAGAAGCGCCGCCGAGUUCAAUAUGUGCCGCAUAGAGGGAACUGUCAACUGGCCUAGUGACAGUUUGAGGGGAGGGAGGCUGGUGGAAUUGCUGGAUGAAGUCAGGAGGUAUGCUAGGAAAGUGGUCUUCAUAUGCAGACGCGGCAACGACUCGCAAAUUGCAGCGCAAGCGGUCAUAGACGCGAUAGAAGACCCUCACAAAGACAAGAUAGCUGAUCUGAAGGGAGGUCUGCAUGCUUGGUCUAGGGAGGUCGAUAAUAACUUCCCGAUCUACUAAAAUAACUAGGUAUAGUCUAGUCUAGUGUUACAACCAAUAGUCUAAUAUUAUACAGGGUGGAAUUUUGUAA